CUCGAGGUGACCUGCAGCCUUGUUGCCUGGCUGUCUCUGUACGCCUGCUUCUGCUACUGGCACAAGCACCGUUCCUAUGAGUGGAGCUGUCGCUUGGUCACCCUGCUGCAUGGGCUGAUUGUCACCUGCCUCUCGGGUUACGUCGCUCUCUGGGGAGGUUCCUGGCCUCUGACCCAUGCAGGUUCACCAAACACCUCUCUUCAGAUCCAUGUGCUGUCCCUGACCUUGGGUUACUUCAUCUUUGAUCUGGGCUGGUGCCUGUAUUUCCAGACAGAGGGCGACCUGAUGCUGUUCCAUCACACGCUGAGCAUCUGCGGCAUGAUCAUGGUGCUGGGGCUCGGGAAGUCUGCUACAGAAGUCAAUGCUGUUGUAUUUGUCAGCGAGAUCACCAACCCACUGCUCCAGACCCGCUGGUUCCUGCGGGAAAUGGGCUGUUACCACACACUCCUGGGAGAGGUGGUGGAUUUCUUCUUUGUGCUCCUCUUCCUGGUGCUGCGAAUCGGGGGAGGAGCUCUGAUCAUGUAUUCGAUGGUGACAUCCCCUGAUCCCAGCUGGCUCCUCAAGGCUGGAGGCCUGGCCAUGUACAUUGUAUCUUUGGGGUUCAUGGUUGAAAUCUGCCGCUUUGUCAGGAGGAAAAUGUUGAAAAAAUAUCGUUCCUGGAUAAGUCUGAGAAGUGUGAAUGCACCUGUGAAAAUGAAUGGGCACGUGACAGCACAUUGA